GUUUCAAAGAGAGAGAAAGAAAGAUACAGCGACCAAUGCUUCUCUGCGCUUUAAUUUGAACUUAACUUUGUGUGGAGAGAGAGAGAGAGAGAUAGAUAGAUAGCGAGAAGGAGAGCAAACUGUGGUUAAAGAGAGAUUCGAUUAAAGUAUCCGUUUGGAGCUCCGAUUCGAGCUAAUAGGAGAGAAGAACUGCGAUUCGAUUCACUCGGCGAUGAACGGGAGACAGAGAUCUGGCGCAGCAGCGGCGGUGCACCACCAGAGGCAGCUCUCCGAUAACCUUCUCGACAUGUCUUCCUCAAAUGGCAACAGAUGGCUCCAAUCCUCUGGUCUCCCCAACUUCCAGCCACCCGCCAAUGAUUACGGAUACUAUGGUGGUGGACAAGCAGCAACCAGAGGGUAUCAUCAGAAUGCUCCGAGAGGGAACGACUUCUUUGGUGAACCAACUACUCCUCAGUACAGUUCUCGUCAAAGAAAGAACACUACUGAUGAAUCUGAGUUCAGUCCCGGCCUCUUAGAUCUGCAUUCUUUUGAUACUGAGCUUCUCCCCGAGCAGAUUCCGGUCUCUAGCCAAUUAGAUGGUCCCUCAAUGUUCAAUCCUAGUCGAAGCCAAAGCUUUGAGGACUUUGAGGCUUACAACAAGCAGCAGCCUAACCGUAGUCGCGCCUUGGCUGAUAACUUGGCAGCUGAGAAGGAAAGGAUGAAUGCUGUUGCAAAGAUCAAAGUUGUUGUGCGUAAGAGACCACUUAACAAAAAGGAGUCGGCAAAAAACGAGGAAGACAUUGUUGACACACAUUCCAAUUGCUUAACAGUUCAUGAAACCAAACUUAAGGUUGACUUGACAGCCUAUGUUGAAAAGCAUGAAUUUGUGUUUGAUGCCGUUCUAGAUGAGGAAGUAUCAAAUGAUGAGGUUUAUCGUGAGACAGUGGAGCCUGUUGUCCCCUUAAUUUUUCAGCGCAUCAAAGCCACUUGCUUUGCAUAUGGGCAGACAGGUAGUGGUAAAACUUAUACUAUGAAGCCUUUGCCUCUUAAGGCUUCAAGGGAUAUCUUAAGGUUGAUGCACCACACAUACAGAAACCAGGGGUUUCAGUUGUUUGUCAGCUUCUUUGAAAUCUAUGGAGGAAAGCUUUAUGAUCUCCUCAGUGAGAGGAAGAAGCUGUGCAUGAGAGAGGAUGGUAAGCAGCAAGUGUGCAUCGUUGGUCUGCAAGAAUACAGAGUAUCUGAUACAGAUGCGAUAAUGGAGCUUAUUGAGAGAGGAAGUGCAACAAGAAGUACUGGAACCACCGGUGCAAAUGAAGAAUCCUCCCGUUCACAUGCUAUACUUCAGCUCGCUAUUAAAAAAUCAGCAGAGGGAAAUCAGUCAAAGCCCCCUCGACUUGUUGGGAAACUUUCUUUCAUCGAUCUUGCUGGAAGUGAACGUGGUGCAGACACAACUGACAAUGACAAACAGACAAGAUUGGAAGGAGCAGAAAUCAAUAAGAGCUUACUGGCCUUGAAGGAGUGUAUCAGAGCUCUGGAUAAUGAUCAAGGUCACAUCCCUUUUAGAGGCAGUAAGUUGACAGAAGUUCUCAGAGACUCCUUCAUGGGAAAUUCUCGUACUGUAAUGAUAUCUUGCAUAUCUCCAAGCUCUGGAUCAUGUGAGCACACCCUUAACACCUUAAGAUACGCGGACAGGGUUAAGAGUCUCUCAAAGGGAAACGGCUCUAAGAAAGAUGUAUCGUCUUCAACCAUAAACCUAAGGGAGUCAACAAAAAUUCCUCUGUCUUCCGCACUCCCUACUCAAUCUAACUAUGAUGAUGACGUGAAUGAGAUGUGGAAUGAAGAAAACGAUGACUUUGAUGCAUCGGAUUACGAGCAAGAGAAACAAAUGUGGAAGAAAAACGUGAAGCCAGAGCCAUCCUAUAACGUUAUGGCACAGGAGAGAAUCCCGAAACCUAGUAUUCCAGUGAAGUCAAGAGACAUGCCAAGGCCCGAUAUGAAGAAGUCAAACUCCGAUGACAAUCUAAAUGCACUUCUGCUGGAAGAGGAAGACCUUGUGAAUGCUCACCGUAAACAAGUUGAGGAUACCAUGAACAUCGUGAAAGAGGAGAUGAAUCUGCUGGUUGAAGCAGACCAGCCAGGAAACCAGCUAGAUGGUUACAUUUCAAGACUGAACACGAUUCUCUCUCAGAAGGCUGCAGGUAUACUCCAACUGCAGAACCGUCUUGCCCAUUUCCAGAAACGCCUUAGGGAGCACAAUGUAUUGGUAUCUUCCACUGGGUACUGACCCCUCACUUCGAGUAAAUACUGGUCCUUCUUUUAUCGACCUCAUCUCUGGGUAUUGCACUUGUGCCACCCUACUGGCUUGGACUGGAGGUGAGAAGUUUAUCCAUUUACCGCCUUCUGAGAGCUUUACAGGGAAGAGCUAUGGAUGAUCACAGAGCUUUACAUCUGUUCUUGCUGCCGCUUUUUGCAUUCUAUCAUAUUAUUGUACUGGAUUUGUUGCAGAAGAUGAAAUACUAUGUAAUAAUAUUUACUGUUGUGCUAUUAAUGAGCUUGCCUUGUACUAUAUAAUACAACUAGUGGUUUUCCCGCGGGUUGUUGUUUAUUAGAUUGUUGGUUUGUGCAUAUU